GUUACAUUUAAGAAUUAUUUUUUGUCUGUUGACAAUGUGUCCUAAUUAGGAAAUGUCGUCUCGCGAAAUCAUCUUUUUACAAGUUAUAAAAGUUGAUUUACAUAUUAACUAUGAUCUACAGUUUAUACCUUCCCUUUUACAGUUUAUCAUCUUUUGAUUGCGGUUGGGAUUUUUGUUUUUGAUGUUUUUCUUUCCUUUUGGAGUGUGUAAACUAAGCAAGACUGAGCUAACCUAAUUAUUACAGCCAAAUUUGACAACCAAAGGGAACUGAUUUUAUCAAAGUAUAGGGUCUUACUUAUCAUGGAUUACCCUAAGGGACUAGAUCCAUAUAUAGCAAGACAACAUCUCCUUCAUCAUACUUAUUCUCCAUUAAUAUCAAUUCAAUCAUCUCUAAAUGCAGAUGUUUUAUUCCAAACCAUUCUAAAUAAUAAUGAUAUAUCAACUCUACAAAUAUUUAAACCUUAUGGUAAUAAUGCUAAAUAUAGUAUACCGAAUCAACUGUUUAAAAUCACCAGUACUCAAUUAAUCACUAAGAAUUAUCCAAGUUUCCCCAUCCGAUUUGAACCUUCUUUACCUGAAUUAUUAUCCGCUUAUAAUACAACUUCUGUAUCUGCAUCCAAUUCAUCCAAUGUUAAUUCAUCAUCACCCAUACCACCAUCAAUCACAUCUACUUCCACCUCAGCCACAUCUCCUCAUCAACAAUUGAAUCAAUUGUUUAGUAUCAGUUCUUUAGAAGUAUUACUAAAACAUUUAUCUUUAACUUCUCAUGAUAAAGAAUUAUAUCUCACCUUUCUUAAUAAAAUCAUCACUUCAAAUAAGAUUGUCCCAUUCGAAACAUUCAAUCAUCCUAUAUCUCAAAUCUUUGUCAUUGAUUUUGAAAAGGAUACCGUAGAAAACUUACGAAAGAUGAUUGUUGAUUUUAGAAAUUUUAAUUUUCCAAAAUUUUAUCAAAUUGAUGAUUUAUUAAUCCAUACUUUCAUCUUAUUUGAUUCCAAUAAAUUCUCAAAUAAUGAUCUUUUCAAUUUUCAAAAUCAAAUUAAAUCAAUGUUAAAUAUCAAUUCAUCAAUCAUUCCAAUCACUGAAUCAACCACCAGUGAUGAUAUCAUGGUGAAAUUAUCCAUCAUUGAAAAUUCAACCAUUGAAGAAGAUUUACAAAGAAUAGCAUUACAAGAACAAUCCACUACUAAUUCCAACCCCCCAUCUAAUUUCAUUCAAAUUCCAAAAUCAAUUGAUUCAGUCCUUCGUCAUCGAUUUUAUGAUUUUAUAAAUAAAUACUUAAUCCCUCAUAUGCAAUCUAAAAUUCGAAUUUGGGAUGAUCAAAGAUUACAACCAAAGAAAUCAAUAACAGGUAGAUUAUUCUCUGCUUCACGGAAAUUAUUUAAUAAUAAUAGUGAUUCAAAUUUAUCAUCUUCAACUUCAUCCACAUCAUCAGGUGUAAUAAAUUCCGCCGUACCAUUCAAUUCUAUCGAACAUUAUUAUCAUAAAUCAAGUUCAGAACAAAUCAUUCGAAAACUCGCUGAUUGGUCUUUGAUAUUAAAGGAUUUCAAAUAUGCUUAUUCCACCUAUGAUUUAAUCAAAAAGGAUUAUACUAAUGAUAAAGCUUGGGUUUAUGUGGCGUCGAUUCAAGAAAUGUGUAUUGUUUCAUUAUUAUUAGCUCAAACUCAAGAAGGUACUGUUAAUUCGAUUGAUAAAAGUACCUUAAGAAGAAUCAGAUAUGAUAUUAUUGAACCUUAUAUUGAUAAUUUAUCCUAUACUUUCAAAUCAAGAUUGAAUAUUAAAACUUAUAGUUUUAAGACGUUAUUAAUCACAGUCGAAUUAUUAUUAUGUAUAUCAACAGCUUAUAACGUAUCAUGGUUUUUCAAUGAUAUGAUUGAACGAUAUUUAUUAAAAUUAAUUAAUGAAUUCGAUAGUCAUUUAUCCACGAAUAAUCCUCAAGCUAUCCGAGCUGUCGUUUUUGAAAGAUUAGGUUAUUGUUUGGGGAAAUGUACAUAUAUACUGGAUCAAUAUUUACCAUUAUUAAAGAUGGAUAAUUAUAAUAAAACCAUCAUAACUCAUGAACAUGAACAUCCCAAAGAUGUUGAUGGGAAUGAUGUCGAGAUAAAACACGAUGAUAAUGACUCACUUUAUAAGAAUCCUCAAAAAUUAUUCCCGACUACUAAUACCAGUAUUUUAGGAUUAACUAGAUUUAGAAAAUCAUCACUUUGGUAUUUACUUUCGAUGAAAGAAUGGAUUGAAUUGAAGAGAAUCAAACAAAUCCCAUACUUACUUAACAAUAUCAAAUUGAUUUAUGAUAUUGAUGAUACCGUUAUCGAUAGUGAAAAUUGGUAUGAUAGAAGUGAUUUAUUAUUAGGUUUUAUUAAGAAGUAUAUGAAAGAGUCCGAAUCAAAUAAAGAAGUUGAUAAUGAAUAAUGAUACCCCCUUUACUUCUACAUAUAGACUUACAUACAUUAA